AAGGGGCUAUGAAUGUCCAAAUUGCCAAAACCCCAAAGUUAAAACCAUACAUUCGUUUUACGAAUCCCUUCCAUCGCGCGACUGUAUCCAGGCAGCAGCAUCGACGGCGAAAACGCGGCACCAUCGGACGGCGGCGGCGGCGACCUGGACCGGAGAUACUCUCUUUAUCCUAAACGUAAUUUGCUUUCCCUCACCGUCUUUCCUUAACAUUGUAAAGCAGCCCAAAGCACGACGGACUCUGUACCCCACUUCACUCUCUCUUCUGCUCGUCAAGCAAAAAUCUGAAGAAGGAACACAGUAGCGGGAAGCAGUGUAUGCUCGGUGUGAAGUAACAUUUCAGCAGCAUGUGGAACUAGAGGAACGGCAAUGGAAUGAACAGAAUCCAGUUUCAACGUGUAGUUGGCUGUUUUGCUCACUCUGUUCUGGUUCUGAGUAGAAUUUCACUUCUGAGUUCGAUUACGGAUUUAGAGGUUAAUUCUUAGUGUUUCACAUGGACGAUCAAAGUUCUAGAAGUGGUAAUUGUGGUAAUGGUGGCGAGAACCAGUGGAGAGCUGAGGAAGCGAUUGCUGGAAACUCUGAGGCCCUAAAAGCAUUGAGAGAGCUGAUCAUCUUCCCGCUAUUAUUCUCGCAGGAAGCUAAAAAAAUCGGUCUAAGAUGGCCUCGAGGCUUGCUUUUGUAUGGUCCCCCCGGCACUGGCAAGACAAGUUUAGUACGUGCCAUUGUUCAGGAAUGCGGUGCACAUUUAACCACUAUCAGUCCCCAUUCAGUUCACAAAGCACAUGCUGGAGAAAGUGAAAAAGUUUUGCGCGAGGCUUUCUCCAAGGCAUCAUCUCAUGCAAUGUCCGGAAAACCAUCAGUUAUCUUUAUAGAUGAAAUUGAUGCACUUUGUCCUCAUCGGGAUUCAAGGAGAGAGCAGAAUGUUCGUAUAACCACUCAACUUUCUAUACUGAUGGACUCCAAUAAGCAAUCCGCAUCUGGUAAACCACAAGUUGUUGUAGUUGCAUCAACUAACAGGGUGGAUGCCAUCGAUCCUGCACUUAGAAGGUCAGGGCGUUUUGAUGCUGAAAUAGAAGUAACAGCACCAACUGAGGAUGAACGAUAUCAAAUUCUCAGGCUAUACACAAGGAAGGUUCAAUUGGAUCCAGAAGUUGAUUUACGAGCCAUAGCUGCAUCUUGCAAUGGGUUUGUAGGAGCUGACUUGGAGGCUCUGUGUCGUGAGGCUGCAAUGGCUGCAUUGCAAAGGUGCUCAGGUACAAAUGAGAAUGCUAUCCUCUGUCUAACAACAGAAGACUUGAAGCAUGCAAGAUCUAUAGUUGGCCCAAGUAUGACUAGAGGCGUCACUGUGGAAAUUCCAAAUGUGACUUGGGAUGAUAUUGGAGGACUAAAACAAUUAAAAAAAAAGCUACAGCAGUCCGUUGAAUGGCCUAUUAAACAUGCUGCUUCUUUCUCAAAGUUGGGUAUAUCACCUGCACGCGGGAUUCUUUUGUACGGGCCUCCAGGUUGCUCAAAAACAACCCUUGCUAAAGCAGCUGCGAAUGCUGCUCAAGCAUCUUUUUUUUCACUUAGUGGUGCAGAGAUGUACUCUAUGUAUGUUGGUGAGGGAGAGGCUCUACUGCGCAACACUUUUAGAAGAGCUCGUCUUGCUGCACCAAGCAUAAUAUUUUUUGAUGAGGCCGAUGUUGUUGCUGCCAAAAGAGGCGGGAGUUCAAGCGGCAACACCACCGUUGGGGAGAGGCUUCUAUCUACUUUGUUAACUGAGAUGGACGGUCUUGAAGAAGCAAAAGGAAUACUAGUUUUAGCUGCUACAAACCGUCCUCAUGCCAUUGAUGCUGCACUUAUGCGACCAGGACGCUUUGACUUGGUGCUCUAUGUACCUCCACCAGAUUUAGAAGCUCGGUACGAGAUACUUCGCGUUCAUACUCGUCCAAUGAAAAUUGGCCUUGAUGUAGACCUCAAAAAAAUAGCAGAGGAUACAGAGCUGUUCACUGGGGCUGAACUCGAAGGCCUGUGUAGGGAAGCUGGAAUUGUAGCUUUAAGAGAAGACAUAGCUGCUAGUGUUGUGUGUGGUCGUCAUUUUGAGACGGUAAAGAAUUCUUUGAAGCCAGCUUUAACCUUAGCAGAUGUUGAUAUAUACUCCACUUUUAUGAAGACCCGUACCGCUCUGCCUUCACAACAUUCCGAUUUAAGUUGUAAUAAUAAGAUCAAGAGUAAAAGAAAUUUGUUGGGUCCUGUAUCUUUGGUUAAACUUAGUUUGAUUGGCUGUUUCGUUUUUGUUGUUGCUAAAUACUUUUUCUAUGAGGAAAAUCAAGUUGAACGCGAAUUGACGACUACCUAGGAUAAGAUUUAGGGUUACACAUUUUGAGUGUCUUUUAGGUGAUUACGUUUUUUUUUAAUUAUUUUUUUAGGGUGGUUUCAUUUUGAGUGGUCUUCUGAUUAAUUAUUUUUUGGACAAAAGACGAGAAAUGUAAAGAUAUGAAGCCAUAUAUAAGAGAUUCCUUGUAUCAAUUAAUUUUUAUU